AUGGGACCUGAAUUUACUAUUCUUCCUUUUUUAUUUGUAUCAACAGGAAUAUUUUAUCCAAUUUUAGUUUUAUUAAGUGGUAUUAUUUCUACUAUAUCCUUAUAUUUAUAUCGUGUAAUACAACAAAACUCUGCAUUAUAUACAAUUACUGACCUUUCUCAACAUAAUGGUGGAAGAACUGUGUUAUCAAUAACAAGAACAAUGAGAAUACUUUAUAAUAUAUUGUUGUUGGGAAUUAUCUUAACAAUUGUUUCUUCUUCAAUAGAAUCUUUAAUACUGACAAUGACACAUUCAGAUCAUUCUCAAUGGUGGAAAGGAAAUUCAAUUAUUAAGUCUUUAGUCAUAACAUUACUUACUCCAUUAUGUCAUCUUUUCUCUUAUUCAAAACUCUUAACACUAGUCAGUUUAUAUUCUUGUUAUGUUUUACCAUUUCUUUUUUUCUUAGGUUUUGUUUAUUCAUUGGGUUCAUUAUAUGUAAAUGGUAUAGCAGCAAAUACUAAUGUUGUUGAUAAUAUUUGGAGGGAUAUUGGACAUCACCAGAUUUUUCCUUCAUAUUCCAUGCUUAUGUGUAUAUUUGCUCCUUUCAAACAAAAGAUUAAUGAACCCAGUGAAUCACCAUUAGCAGUAAUAUUGUCUUAUAUAAUUGUUAUAUUUUUUGCGAUUGUUUAUGGAGUUUGUGUAGGUCUUUCUUUAGGUCCAUCAACAACAAGUAUGCCAUUCUCUUCUUAUCUUAUUAUAAACCAAUCAAAUCCUUCAAUGCAUUCACUUGCAGUUAUUUUAAAUAUACUUCUAAUCAUUAUUUUCUUACUUCAAACUCCUUCUUACUUUGUUACUAUCUAUGAAGAUAUUGAGUCAUUUUAUUUUACUUCUUGGCAACCAAGUAAACGUAGAAGAUGGAUCCUUUCAAUGUUCAUAUUUUCUCUAAUUGGAUUAUCAUCUUCUUUCUUCUGGCAAUGUACAAUUCAAAUAUCAUUAAAUGGUAGUAUUUCAGGAAGUUAUUUUGUUCAUUUCUUACCUGCUUCAAUGGCAUUAUUUGUUUCAAAGAAUAAAAGUACAAAAGUUGCAAGUAUUAUUAUGAUAAUUUUUGGAGUAUUAUUUGCAUCUUCAGGAAUUUCUGGUUCUUCAAUCCUUUUUAUUGAAAGUGUUGUUGAUAAUUAUAUUAACAAGUUCAAUUCAUCUUAUUGA